AUGUCCGCAUUUUUUAAUCAACUUAGACACGUCGCUGUAGCUAAAGCUAAGUUUAUUGACGAAAAUAGUUUAAACGAUGAAGAAUUUCAAUGCAUCGCACCGAUAACAAAACAACAAUUCCAGGAUUUGUUAACGUAUUGUGACCCAGUUCUCCAAAACGGUAGACACCGAUAUAUAAGGAGAAAAGAUUUAUUGAUGUUUCUAUGCAAACUCAGACAAGGCUUGAGUGAUGAGUUUCUUAAAGUCAUAUUCGAUUACGGUAGUAAACAAAAUGUAAGUACCGUUAUAGACUAUGUUAGAAGAGCAUUAGCACAAAGAUUUGUUUCAGAGAAUAUUGGGCCUAGAUCGAUAACAAGGCAAGAUUUCAUUGCUCGACACGUCACGGAGUUUUCUAAUAUCUUGUACAAUCCUCAACCGAACGAACCGAAAGCCAUUGUUGUAAUCGACUCUACUUAUGCAUACAUACAUAAGAGUUCACAUUUUCGUGUAUUAAGGCAAUCUUAUUCCGUCCACAAACACAGGCAUCUCCUAAAACCCACUCUAGUUGUUGCUCCUGAUGGCUUCAUUCUACAGAUUUUUGGGCCAUAUUUUUCAGAUUCUCGUAACAACGAUGCAGAAAUACUUAGGCAUGAUUUUGAAACAGAUGGAAAUGCACUGAAAGAAUGGUUUCAACGUAACGAUAUAGUUUUGGUCGAUAGGGGUUAUCGUGAUGCUAUACCUCUUUUACAGCUGUUGGGCAUCCAAUAUGAAAUGCCAGCAUUACUUGGGGCUGGACAGCGGCAACUAACGACCGAAGAUGCAAAUGCAUCUCGUAUUGUCACUAAGAGUCGUUGGAUAGUAGAAAGUAGAAACGGUCAUUUUCGGUCGGUGUUCAAGUUUUUUGCUAACACACUAUGCUUACAGCAUGCAAAAAACCUCGAUGAGUUUUAUCGUAUCGCUGGUGCAAUAUUGAACAGGUAUCAUCCUAUGAUUCACAUGGAAGGUGCAACUGCACAGGCGGCACAAGAAAUCUUGGAGAGAUCACGUAUCCCAAAUGCUGUGCAAGCAAGGGUGGAGGUAGACAAUCUCACAAGAAGGAAUGCACAAUGGAGAAGACUGAAUCAUAGAGAUAUACCAGAGUUUCCGCUCCUGGAUUUAGAAUACUUAAGACAUUUGACGCUUGGUGUAUACCAAAUCAAUCUUGCACCAUCUUACAUACAAGAUAAAGUUUUGAGAGACAAUGAUGAAGAAUUUCAACUAGAUAAACAUUUAAAUGAAGCGGGUUUUUUGAGGAUCAGAGUGUACUCUAGGUUUCGAAAUGCUGGAAGACACCAAAUAUUCAUAUUAUUUCGAGUUGCUGAUGACGAAGGUAUUGAAAACGCUGAUGAUGCUGAUCCAAUUACUGGAUAUUAUUGUACAUGUCAGUCUGGAGCAAGGACUUUAGGUGCGUGCGCCCAUGUAACCAGUGUGAUAUGGUUUCUUGGUUAUGCGCGACAUCAAGUGGAUGUGAGGUAUCCUGAUCCAUCAUUAUUGAAUACAACAUUAGAUGCAGCCAAUCGGGAUGCAGAGGGACACGUGCCUAAUGCUGAAAUAGAAAUAAUCAACGACUGA